CCGAGUAUUGCCCAGAUUGGAUAUUCGGAGCUUGUCUUCUCACUGACCAGAUCAGACGUCCAAACAAGUAGCCCUGAUAUCAACAAAUCCCCAUCGCGCUUUGAAGUCGCGCGCUUUGAAAAAGGACCUAUCUCGCAGGGAACUCAACCCGUCAAUCGACAAACUCCAAACUCCAAACCAUGCCCACUCCAGUUGAGAAAGACUUCCUGCUCUUCCAGACGGACCCUUGGGGGAUUUUACUUUUGA